GGCGACGAAGAUUGUAGCAGCAGAAGAAGAAAAUUUUCAUUCGCUCGAAAGCAAUUGAUUGAGGAAAUAUUUUCAAUUUAAGUAAAAAAUAAGCAGCCUUAUAAAAGUGAAUCAAUGUCGAAUUUAAUUGAGUAAAUGUUGGAAAAUGGAAAGUAAUAAUCAAUUGGUGGCGGAGAGAAUUUUAACGCCUGAGUUAUAUUUUCUCAUAUCGAAGUUUCUGGCUUCGGGUCCGCUGCGGGAGACGGCUGAGGUGAGUGUUCCUGCUGCAGUUGUAAACAAAUUCUACUCAAAAUAUUGCCAAAAAUUUAUAAACAUAAGCUUAAACAUAAUUUAUAAUAUUCUGCAGGUACUUGUGCGUGAAUUGGAACAAAAAAGGGUUUUGCCACGGCGCACUGAUUGGCUGGGCUAUGAACAUGAGCAAACCUUCGCGGAAUUGGAACAAAAAUAUGCACAUAUUGGAUCCAAUCAUCUAUUAGAAAUAUGUUGUCGCAUAGGACCAAUACUAGACAAAGAACUGCCACCGGCAGUAUUGGGCAUAGUCUCUUUACUUGGCACCGGUCGUCAGAGUUUGCUGCGCACCGAAGAAAGUAUUUAUCGGUCGCGUUCCUUGCUCGACUAUUGCACACGUUUAAAUGGCGUAUCACUUCCAGAUUCUUCAGUAACAAAACCAAUUCACAAUUUCCAAAAAGUUUUAAUUGGGCGCGAAUAUGGUGGCCCAGUGCGUCGGAAAUUAUUGGUACCCAUUAGUCUUUAUAGCAAAACCAAGCUACUGAAACGGACAGUGGGCCAUUUAUCGUCUGUUUAUUGUGUGCUAUUUGAUCGUACUGGACGUUAUAUUAUAACGGGAGCGGAUGAUCUGCUCAUAAAAAUAUGGUCAGCAUUGGAUGGCAGAUUGUUGGCUACUCUUCGUGGCGCGUCAGCAGAAAUUACGGAUAUUGCAAUCAAUCUUGACAACACGAUGUUAGCUGCUGGCUCUUUAGAUCGUAUUCUGCGUGUUUGGGACAUGCAGACCACCUCGCCCAUAGCUGUGCUUUCCGGUCAUACCGGCAUGAUAACAUCAGUGAAUUUCUGUCCCUCACCACGCAGUGAUCUUAAGUACUUGGUGACUACCAGCACUGAUGGAUCAAUUGCAUUUUGGUCGUAUUCGACGCCACGUGGCCAAAAAAUCACGUUCGCACCCAAGCCAAUACAAUAUCACGAAAAGUUGCGCCCGGGUCAGGCUCAAAUGAUGUGUACGACUUUUUCGCCGGGGGGCAUGUUUCUUGCCGCUGGUUCAGCUGACCAUCAUGUACGUGUUUACAUUAUGUCAGAAGAUGGACCCAAACGUAUACUCGAAGCUGAGGCAUAUACAGAUGCAGUAGACUCAGUGCAAUGGUCGCAUAGAGGCUUACGUUUCAUAUCGGGCAGCAAAGAUGGGACGGCACAUAUUUGGAAUUUCGAAUCACAACAAUGGAAAAACAUUAAGUUGUGUAUGACAGAACGUCUACCAGGUUGUCCGCUGCUAGAAGAGGGUAAAAAAUUGAAAGUUACUAUGGUCGCUUGGGAUUGCUCGGACAAAUAUGUUAUUACGGCCGUCAAUGAUUUUACAAUUAAGAUUUGGCAUUCAAAAACUGGUAAACUGCAUCGCGUAUUGCGCGGUCAUAAGGAUGAACUCUAUGUACUCGAAUCGAAUCCGAAGGACGAACAUGUGCUACUCUCCGCUGGCCACGAUGGACAAGUAUUUCUGUGGGAUAUUGAAAAUGGCGUUUCAGUGGCAGAGUUUGUAAACGAUAUCGACGGGCAAGGCCAUGGUGGUGUUUUCGAUGCCAAAUGGUCGCCAGAUGGCACAAUGGUUGCCGCUACAGAUUCACAUGGUCAUUUACUUAUAUAUGGACUUGGCAUCGGUCCGGAUAAAUACAAAAUGCUUCCCAAUGAACUAUUUUUCCACACGGACUAUCGGCCCCUGAUGCGCGAUGCAUCCCAAUAUGUUGUUGACGAACAAACACAAGUUAUGCCACAUCUGAUGCCGCCACCGUUUCUCGUCAAUUCAGAGGGCAAUCCUUAUCCCGUACAGUAUCAACGUUUUGUCCCAGGUCGUGAAAGUUGUACACGGGAACAACUGAGACAAAUUUUAACAGUCGGUGAUGAUGGUACGGUUAUUGUACCCAACAUAAAUGGCGCAGGUGGAAACUUUUCCCAUAUAGAUCGGCUGAUUGCCGUGUUGGCAAAUCGUCAAGGUGCGGCACCAGCAUCACCAGCAAUUCCUGUUGGAAACAAUGCAGCAGGUAAUCAUUCGCAACUGGAUCGUCUUAUAGAGGCACUUGCUAGCCGUCAAGGACAGGACCAGGCUCCCGAUUCUAAUAAUCGUCCUUCAAGCAGCCGUUCAGCACCCGGAGGAGCGGCAUCUUCGCGUUACAGCUUUGAUGAUAUACCUGGCCGACAAUUUGAACAAAAUAUUUCAAACCGUCAGGGUACUAGCCGUUCGCGAACAACUGAUGAACAGCAGUUGGUGCCAAUUACCGAGCAGCCAGCACAACCACCGCAGAUUAAAUACUUUCGCCGUAUUUAUGUACGUCCCAUGAAGUACCAACAAUUACAAAAUAUCAAACAAGCUGUGUAUGCGGCUGGUCAGUAUGAGAUGCAGGAGUAUAAACGUGAGAUGCGGCGGCGUCCUAUUAUGAUUACCACAGGAAAUGUGGCAAGCGCACAAUCGAGCAAUGGUCGUCAACGUAAUACGCGUGCCAACAACGGCGCUGGUGCGGUACGAGCACGUCGUCGUCAGGGCCAAGGCAGUCAAUCACAGCCAGCAUAUCGCACGCGUGCUGUACGCGAUCAGGAAGAGCUAGAUGCGCCACCGCCUCCCGAAGAAGACGAGGAGGAUGAAGAGAGUAACUCAUCGUCGGGCGAUACCAGCUACUCCAAUGUUGAAGAAAACUUGGAGGAGUCGUCAGAUGAUUCGGAUACCGAAAGUUCUGAUUAUUCGGAUUGGGUGGCUGAUACGCCAGGCCCGAACUUGGAGCCACCGAAACGCUCCAAACGCAAACCGCUGUCAAGACGUCGCACAUUUAGCGAUGAUAGCAGUGACGAGACUACAGAACAUGCCACCACAUCUGCGGGUGCAGCAGCCAAAGCAACCAAGCGAAAUAAACGCAUCGUUAUACCGCCACCAGCGCCCAAUGGUGAGAUACCAGAGGUAUAUCGGCCUGCCGAAUGGCUGUCGGAGGUGAUACCGCGUAAGGCACCUUACUAUCCACAAAUGGGUGACGAGGUAGUAUAUUUUCGUCAAGGACACCAUCGAUAUUUGGAAGCUGUGCGGGUUAAAAAGGUAUACAAAUUAACACACAGCUCGGAGCCAUGGAACUUUCGAACAUUACGCGAUCGUGAAUUUGUGCGCGUGAUCGGCAUUAAGUAUGAAAUACGUCCGCCGCGUCUAUGCUGCCUCAAGUUAGCAAUGAUUGACGAUGACGGCAAUAUGACUGGCACGUCUUUUAAAAUUAAGUACCAUGAUAUGCCAGAUGUGCUUGACUUUCUGGUCUUGCGUCAAACUUUCGAUUUGGCUGUACAGCGUAACUGGAGUGUUGGCGAUCGUUUUCGCUGCAUGAUUGGUGAUGGCUGGUGGAUGGGACAAAUUGAAUCACGUUAUGCACUUUCUGCUGACUUUCCUGAUUCGUAUUUCAUGUGUUUCCGUGUGCGUUGGGAUAAUGGCGAGUAUGAAUAUAUGAGCCCUUGGGAUAUGGAACCGAUUGACGAAAAUCGUCUACCCGACGAAGUGGGUGGAGCAGUACCUGUACUGCAAGAGGAGAUACGAGCUACUUUGUAUCAACCAAAAUCAGAAGAGUGGCAUCGGGGAGAUCGUGACGGUUCCUGUAGGCGCAUUAUAAACGGUUUAGAACAGGUCAUGCGUCUCUCCAUUGCCGAACACUUUUUGGCUCCAGUUGAUUUGAAUGUUUAUCCCGACUACGCCUAUCUAAUUGAGUACCCAAUCGAUUUGACAACAAUAAAGUCACGUUUUGAAAAUCAUUUUUAUCGACGCAUAACCUCAGCACAAUUCGAUGUACGUUACUUGGCGACCAACGCAGAGAAGUACAAUCGUUCUCAUACGAAUAUUGUAAAACAUGCGCGAAUUAUAACCGAUCUCUGUUUGCGCGUAAUUAGGGAGCACAAUGAUAUUGAUGUUGCGGCUGUUUAUCAUCAAUUGGUUGAUGUUUAUCAUUCAUCGGAAACAGAGAACGAUAAUGAAUCGGAUGUGGUGCCCUCGACGAGUACCGGGCCAUCUACAUCAGCUGCGGCGCGCCAAAAGAUGUCAGCGACUCGAAGAUCAAGUCGCAUUCGUUCAGAUGGUGACUGGCGUACCGAAUGUCGCCAACUAUUGGACUUAAUGUGGCAACGCAACGAUUCUUUGCCCUUUCGUGAACCAGUCGAUACACUGGAAUUCCCCGACUAUCUUGAAAUUAUUUCAUCACCAAUGGAUUUGCGUACAGUUAAGGAGGAUUUACUUGGUGGCAAUUAUGAAGACCCGCUGGAUUUUGCAAAGGAUGUACGUUUGAUAUUUCAAAAUUCGCGCAACUAUAACACCAAUAAACGUUCACAAGAAAGUUUAGCGAUUUAUUCCAUGACGCUGCGGCUCAGCGCGCUAUUCGAAUCCCAAAUAAAGACGGUUAUUAGUAACUGGAAGGCAGCACGUCGGCGUGCAAAUAAGAAUAAAGCUGGCAGCGCACGCGGCUCUAGCACUAGCCCUACAAAGCGUCAGCCGCCCGAUCGUAAUCGUGGUGGAGCCGCAUCGAAACGUGCACGCACCCAGCGAAACGCACGCCAACUGCGUAGUUCAGAUGAUGAUGAUGAUGAUGACGACGAUGAUGACGAUGAAGAUGGCGGUGGUCCGGUGAAUGCGCAGUCACGCAGCAAUCAACGUCGCGCUGGGGGCGGGGCAACAAACGGCAGGAAUGGCCCAGAUCGCAGUGCUGUAACUGCAGCUGCGAGUACUUCCGCAGGUUCGAAUCGUGUUAGCUCGUCUUCUUCACUACCAAGGCGUGGCGGCGGCGGCGAGCCAACACAAGCAACGCGUAGUUCACGACGGAAGGCUGUCAGUCAAGAGUUACACGAUGAUGAGGAUGAGGAGGAGGACACUGAACUACAUGUAACGGACGAGCACAGCAGCGCCAUGAGCUUCACCUCAGAAGAUAGCGAUAGCGAUGAUAGUUCAGAUAAUGGUCGAAAUGAUAGCAAUGAUGGUUCGGAUAAUGAAGACGCGCGCGGUAGACGUGGCGCUGCACGCCGUUGCAAGCGACGAAGCGGUGGUGAUGAUUCGGAAGAUAGCUAUAAACCAGACAAUGAUAGACGGGGCAGUAAAAGACGCCGUGGCGGUGCGCGGGGUAGCAAAAAAAAGGCUGCAAAGAAGGCGAGUCGAAAACAAAAGGAUAAACAACCACAAGCUGCGCGCAAACGCCGACGGCGUUUCGAAGACGAUGGUGAUGAGGAUUACAUGGAUCACAGCGGUAAGAGGAGAACGGCGGCAACGGCAACGGUCACGACAGUAAACACAAAUGGCGUUCGACGUGCGACAAAUGCCGCAGCGUCCGUUAUAAAAGCCAAUAUACGCCGCGGCAAUAGGCGUCGUUUGCAAUCCUCGGAGGAUGAACAGGACGAUUUGUUGGCACAGCACACAAGCUCGCAACCGGACGAGAGCACACAGGAUACUAUUACUGGUCAUCCGGCGGCGACGGCGGGCAUGAGGACACCAAAGAAACGUGCUUCAGCGGUAGGACGCACGCAGCGCGGCAACCAGGUUAAUGGCGCUGGAGAAAAUGGAGGGAGUACAAGUGCCAACGCGCUCCUACAACAGAGUCCCUCACGCAAUACGCGCAUGCAAACGAGCACGUCUGCAGCAGGGGCAGGUGCUUCGGCAGCGUUGAGCAAUCGGCGGAGCGCAACCGAAAUCGAUCACACCUAUCACCUGCCUGUGCGCAAUGGACGACUUCUAGACUCGGAUACAGACUCACGGGAAGUGGCCGCCAACGCGCGUCCAACAAGGUCUAGUUUCAAGCGUGCUAUCUUGGAGUGGGCGCGCACGAGCGAUGUGGAGGAUGCUGCGGAGGAUGAGGAUAGUGAGGAAGCAGAGGAGAUUCUGCCAACCCCGACGCCCACAAAGGUGACGCCAUCGAAGGCAAAUAAUGCCAGCAAUCUAUUGAACGGACCAUCAACCAGUCGCGCCGCUUAUGGUGGAGGAGUAGUUCCCGUAGCUGUUGGACAAGUGCGUCAGCUGCGCACCAAUCGCAACACAGUCGUUGAGCCAACGGAUGAGGAUUCGGAAGAUGGUGACGGAAGCGAGAACGAGCCGCUCGUUUCGAGUCAAGGCAACGGAGUGGCCGCCAGUGGACGUAUGCAUUUGGCUAGUUACCCGCCAACCCGCAGCACAACUAACACUGCCACGCCGCGCCUACAGGCGCACGCAGCUGCCAUGAGUAACGCGCAUAUGACGCGCUCACAUGCCACAUCUACGACGUCAUCAUCGAACAUAACUACCUCUACAAUAUCGGCGCACGAUCACAACUAUUUGGGAUCCGAAGCACUGCGUCCGUCUUCAUCGGCAGGCGCAUCACGCAGCGCUUCACGUCGUGUGCUAUCAAGACACCAGCGCAACGCUGACGAGUUGGACAGCAGUGCGGAUCCGCUGGAUAACACAACCCUUUACAUACGCACCUCAGGUCUACGCCGUGGUACACCCACUUCGACGACGCAAAGUGCUUUGAAUGGUGGGACAGUGGAUGCCACGAUAUCGGCUGCCGUAGUGGCAACGCUAGCGCCACAACCUACGCGCACAGUUCGACGAGGUCGUUCGCGCUAUAGUCAAGAACACUCGCAAACUGCCGAGGACGACGACGACAACGAUGAUGAUGUGGCAAGUGAAGAGGAUGCCAGCGCCGCUUCGGACGAGGGCACUGACGGUGGUUCUAGCGCGCAUAACGAUGUCGACGUCGACGAUGAUGCCACUGAUGACUCGGAAGACAAUCAGCCAUUGACUUCGUACGUGCCGUCAGAAAGACGAACUCGCAAUCAUGGCAAACCAGCGCGUCGCACUAAUAGCCGCCGUCGUUCGGACGACUCCUUCGUGUGCGACGAUGACGAUGAGGACUACGAGGUGGAACGCCAGCGAGAGCGGCGACGUCAACAACAAAAAGCACGUUCGCGUCGUCGGCGUAGUGACGGCGAUGGCGGUAGCCCUCCACGCGGUAGCCGCAAGCAACGUGGCUCACGCAACCAAAAACGACCGCGUUACAACGAGCAGAGUGACGAUGAAGCGUCGCAUGACUACGUGAGCCUACGAAAGCGGCGCCGUGAGGUGGAUGUGGGAGAAACGAGGGAAAUUGUAGGCAGCACUUCACAAAGGCCGGCGACACAGCGACUGUCACGCAAUCAUGAAGAUACGGAAAGUUCAGACGGGGACGAUGACGAACAGCUGGUGAGCGUUAGUAGUCGGGGGCGUGUGCGAAAAAUUUCGGCCAAGGCGCGUCGUAUAUUUAAAGAGUAAACCAGUGUGCUGGCUGCGUUUGAGAUACCGACGCAGCAACGAAAGUACUGGCGUUUGAAAUGACUGUUUAAAAACCAUAUGCACACACACACACUCACACUAUGCAUAUACAUACGUAGUUGAAAUAUUUACGGAGGAAAACGAAUGUGUGAAGAGUAGUAUGUAUUGAAAUAGGAACUUAAUUGAAGAUAUUACAUUUAAAAAUGCAAUUAAAAAAAAAAA